AUGACGAGGUCGUCCAUCCUACCAACAGAUAGCUAUCUGACCUCCAAUGUCAAAGACCUCAUGUCAUUACAGGACUGUGUCGUCGUGACCACAGGCGCAGCCAAGGGAAUUGGUCUUGCCCUCGCCUUCGGCGUCGCAGAGGCAGGUGGGAAAGUGGCCAUAAUCGACGCCUCCCCUGAGCCUUCCGAGAACUAUAACAGACUGCAGGACAUUUGCUCCGGAUUGCGCUACUACCAGUCAGACGUGACAGACUACGAUAGACUCUCAAGCACGUUUGGAGAUAUCGUGGCCGAUUUCAAAAGAAUCGAUGGAGUCAUCACGGCCGCCGGCAUAUGUCCCGAUGAACCCUUCCUCGAGCGCAGUCCAAGCUCAGUCAAGAAGUGCGUGGAGAUCAAUGUGUUAGGAACAUAUUACUCAGCACAGCUGGCAGCGAGACAAAUGGAUCAAUUCACCAGCGAUUAUUGCAUGAGCAAAGGUGGUGUUUUGGCACUCACAAAACAGCUGGGCGUUGAACUUGCUCAUCAUCGUGUCCGUGUGAAUUGUAUAUCACCAGGGUAA